AUGACCGUGCAAGAGUUCGCGAUCUGGUAUUCUUCCUUCUGUUUUGCAGAAGAGGUCACUGUCAAGCCGGAGGUGCGGCACACGCGCGAGUUGGCGCGACACAUGGGUUUGGAAAUAAGUCAAAUCGAGCAGUUCAAGGUGGCUUUCGACAGGUACGAUGAGGAUGGAAGCGGAGAGAUUGAGUUCGAAGAGUUCUCCAACAUGGUACAAGAGCUUCUGAAGAUCCCUCACGGACAAGAGUUGCCCUAUGAUCGGCUUAUGACAAUGUGGAGAUCGGCUGACAUGCAACAGAAGGGCUGUCUUGACUUUCGGGAAUUUUGUGCCUCUUGGCUGCAAGCUACGCAGAAAGAGCCACUACUCAAUUCCUGA